CCCGCGCCGUGCGCCGCGUCGGUCGGUGGGUCUGCGCCGGGCCGGGCCGCGCCGCGCCGCACAUGCUGCCCCGCGGGAGAGCGAUGGCCACUUUCCGCCUGGCCCUCAUCCAGCUCCAGGUUUCUUCCAUCAAAUCGGAAAACCUCGCUCGCGCCUGUGGCCUCGUCCGGGAGGCGGCGAGACAAGGAGCCAAAGUAGUUUCCCUGCCGGAAUGCUUUAACUCUCCAUACGGCACGAAAUAUUUUCCUGAAUAUGCUGAGAAAAUUCCUGGUGAAUCCACACAGAAGCUUUCUGAGGUAGCCAAGGAAUGCAGCGUGUAUCUCAUUGGAGGUUCCAUUCCUGAAGAGGAUGCUGGGAAAUUAUAUAACACUUGUGCCGUGUUUGGGCCUGAUGGAACUUUACUGGUAAAGUACAGAAAGCUCCAUCUGUUUGACAUUGACAUUCCUGGGAAAAUUACAUUUCAUGAAUCUAAAACACUGACUCCUGGUGAUAGUUUCUCCACCUUUGAUACUCCUUACUGCAGAGUGGGCCUCGGCAUCUGCUACGACAUGCGCUUUGCAGAGCUCGCGCAAAUCUACGCGCAGAGAGGCUGCCAGCUUUUGGUGUAUCCUGCAGCUUUUAACAUGACCACCGGACCCGCCCACUGGGAGCUGCUUCAACGAGGCCGGGCUGUUGAUAACCAGCUGUAUGUGGCCACAGCGUCUCCUGCCCGGGAUGAGCAGGCCUCCUAUGUUGCCUGGGGACACAGCACUGUUGUGAGUCCUUGGGGGGAGGUUGUUGCCAAAGCUGGCGCCGAGGAGACAGUCGUGUAUUCAGACAUAGACCUGAAGAAGUUGGCUGAAAUACGCCAGCAAAUCCCCAUUUUUAGCCAGAAGCGAUCAGACCUCUAUGCAGUGGAGGCGAAAAAGCCCUGAGGUUUAUUUUCCUAACAUGUCAUGAAAUAGGAUGAUCUGUUUCUGCAAUGUGAUCAUCUCCCUGCUGAAUUAAUUAAAGAGAUCUUUUUUUUUUUAAUUUAAAUUUCAGCAUUUUUCCUUACCUGAGAAUUCUCUAAUGAGAUGAUGGAGCAUCAGCACGUGUAUUUUUCACACCAUAUUACACAGUUAAAAAGGACUCGGGCUGGCAUUGAGAGCUGAAGGAAGAGGGGCUACCUCCCAUGCUAAGUUGCCUCCCAGUAGUUGGUAGAAGUAUCAGGCCUUGGUGUCCAGGUGAUUUGCCUGGUACAAAUACAGCUUGUGUCACACACCUCUUCUCUCUUGGCUGGAGUUGGAGUCCACCAUGUAGAAAACUUGGUCUGGUGCUCCUCUUUUUUGAGCAGGAUUACAUUUUUGGUCUGUGAGCAGAUAUGGGAAGCAAGGCGAGGGACCCUUGGUGUUUGCUAGAGGAGAUGGCAGCCCGAGUCCUCCUGGCAGCCGGGGGCUCCUUGGAUGCAGGAAGGAGCUGAUGAAUCAUGCCCAGACCCUCCAGGUCGUAGGGGAGAGGCUGUGUCAACAGUGAGUCCCGUGGAGGACUGUCCGGUGUCAUUUGGUCAAGGCAACUAAAGAUGGGUCUCUGCAAAAGGUUUUCUUGAUGGGAUGAGUGUCUGAAAAUCUUUUUCUUUUUGCUUUUCUCCCUGGCAAGACUUUGUAGCUUGGUAAAGGCAAGUUUUUAGGCUAAUUGUUUUCAGAAUCCUUUUGCAGAAUUAAAAAUCAAGAAUUCCAGUGAACCUUGUUUUUAUGUACGUUGGGCUGGUAAACGUUUACCCGCCAGCCGUCCCAAAGAAAGCCCUGAUUUGGGUAGCAUUUGCCAGUUUCCGUGGCGUAAAUACUUUCACCGUGGCCGAGGUGCAAACUCUCAGUAGAACACGUCUAACCAGAGUUGGGAAUAAAAGCACCGUUGGCACUUGUGAGCUGGUGCGGUCCUGCUCUGGCGCUCCGCUGUUUACAUCGUAGUCACCCGACUGGGAAGAUAAAAUCUUAGAAGAAUGAGUGAGCACACACUCUAUUAGCUGUACGAGCCGAGGACACCAUCGCGUGUCAUUUAACCUCUGGGAAUCAGCAUCGUACACUUGGAGGAGUACAAGUGUGAAAAGGUGAACGACAUUUGAAAAUUAAGUGUCCAGUUUGGUGAAAUCUGACCGAUGUGUACAGCCCUGAGGCGCUCUAAUCAGGAUGGCGAGCAGCCCUCCUCUCGGCCCGCCCCCAGCCUUCCGGUGCUCUCUAGAAUCCCUCCGUACUCUUCUCAGCCCCAGGCCGUCACUGAUCAGCUUUGUCACCGUAGGUUAGUUUGAAUUUUCUGUAAUUACCUAAAAGUGGAAUCCUACCACGUGAAUACUUUUUUGUCUUCUUUCACUCAUCGUAAUUAUUUGGAGACUCAUCCCUGCGUGUAUCACUGAUUUCUUUGUUAAUUGCUAAAUGGUAGCCCACUAAGCGGAUAUACCAUAAUUUAAAUAAACAUUUGAGAUUUCAGUUUUUGGCUAUUAGAAAUAAAGCUGUUAAAAACA